AUGCUCCGCUCUAGUCUAUUGCUGGCGCUGGGUCUGUCCCUCGUGGAUGACUGCCACGCCCUCGUCGAUUCGGCGUCGUCCAUGAUCAAGUACAGGACGUAUGCGGAGAUGGCCGAGUACUUGCUGGAGCUCAACGCGACGUUUCCCGACGUUGUGCGGGUUUCAGUGGCUCAGGAGACCUACAAGCUGCCGUAUCCUGAAGAGCUCCAGUGCAUCGUGGACGAAAAGACGAACGCGACGGAGCUAUGCAAACAGUUUGUCGUGCACUUGACCAACCACUCGACGCUAGCAAGUGAUCCCGAGAGACCUCAGGUCUUCUUCAGUGGAGCGGUGCACGGCAACGAACGUGUUGGACCCAACGCAGUCAUUGAGCUUGUGGCGCUCUUCGCACAUGCGACGUCGAUUUACCAAACGGAUGAUACGAUGAAACCGACGGCGGACACGCAGCGCUGGCUUAGGGAGCUGGUGAACACUCGGAACGUGCUACUGGUGCCAAUGACCAACGCGUACGGCUUCUCUCGCAACCAGCGCAGGGAGUUGACAGUGGACCCGAACCGAGACUACAACUACAUGAGGGCAGGCGCGGAAUGCAUGCAGACGAUGACAUCUCGCGUGGUGAACGAGAUCUGGAGAGACCACAUGUUCCAGUUGGCCGUGACGUUCCAUGGCGGAACGCAAGCAAUCGCGUACGAGUGGGGCUCGCCGAAUCACUACUCUCAUGGAGACAAGACCAAACCAAGUGAGAGGUCCCCUGACGACAUGGCUCAAGUCCAGCUCGGCAACACGCUGGCUAACUUUGCUGGUACAUUUGGUAAUGGCGAGCUGUAUCCCACGGGAACGAUGAACGAUGUUGUGUACGGCGUCACCGGUGGCAUGGAAGACUGGGGAUACGCUGCAUCGUGGGAGAACCAGUUCUAUGACGAGAAAUCGCAUCCUUUUCUUCCUUGUGAGCCGACCACUUUCGGUGGAUAUCCGAAGAAGAAAACUGUCUACAACAAUGUCACCAAUCGCGCCUUCAAUGUGCUGGUCGAGACUUCAAACAGCAAGGAGCCCCUGCCGGCCGACAUGGGAGAUUUCAAGGAGCUGUACAGCGCGAAUGUGGACUUUUUCCGAACCGAAGGAACCGCAACAAAGAUCGUGGGGCACGUGCCGCGGAACGUCCGCUUGGCGCUCAUGAUGAUCGAGAUGGUCCAGCCUCUCGUGCGUUGGGUGAGUGCUGAACGGUCUCCCGUGCCGCAUACCCCCGACACCUUCCCAGCGGCAAGCUUGUAUACGACAAGCGUCGAUCAAGUGACGAAGAUGGGCUGUGCAGCCCAAGCAUGGGAGCGCAAGCGAGUCGCGACGUGUACUACUACCGACUGCAGCGUGACCAGAAUCGCACAUUCGAAGCUGCAGGUUGCUUGGGAGGUGCUUGGUGCACUCGCUGUGGACAGCACUCACGUUCAGGUUUCUUCCAGUGCAUCCUUCGAGGAUGAUACGAUCUUGAUAGAGACCAAAGCUCAGAAGGGUACCACCCGGCGAUUCUACGAAUUUGCAUCCAACACGUCCGAAGCGGCAGCUGCCAAUACAGCAGAUAAGAUGGACACAUCACUCUUCGUCGCGUGUCUUGACUUAGGUAACGUAACGUCAGACACGUUUUACGUUCGAGCUGUUGCAAUAGUCGAUCAGAACUGGAAAAAACAAGGGGCUGGUGGUGACAAACCUUCACCUCAGGUGCCGCCACAGUCGCACUUGGUCAAUGCUCGAACGAAUGCCGAUUGGACCGCUGAAUGGAAUGGUCACAAAGUGAAGGCUAGUCUGGAGUGGGUGUCUCCGAUCAUCACUGUCGAUGCCACCAAUAGAUCGAAGACGAAGCGCCAUUCUUCAAACGCGAAGGCUGACGGAUCUCCGGCGCAGAAGUCAUCUUUUGCCUUUCAAAGUGCACCGUCUCAGGAUGUCGUUGCGGAGGCGGAUAAUAGCGUCGAUACGCCGACUGCCGGUAAGAUACGUGCUGCGUAG